AUGUCAGAGGAGACAUUCAUUAGAGCAUUUCGGAGAUUUGUUGGUCGCAGAUCAUUGCCAAAAAUCGUUAUUUCCGAUAAUGCAUCUACGUUCAAGGCAGCAGCAUCAGAUAUAGACAAUAUUCUUCACUCCACUAGAGUUCGGAAUAAGUUUUCAUCUUUAGGUACAGUUUGGAAAUUCAUUCCAUCUAGAGCUCCCUGGUAUGGUGGAUGGUGGGAACGCAUUAUUGGCAUGAUAAAAUCUACAAUCAAAAAGGUAUUAGGAAAAGCUCAAGUCACAUCAUCGGAACUCAAUACUUUAUUAACAGAAGUGGAAUGCAUGUUGAACAACAGACCCAUUACGUAUACAUUCACAGAUCUUGAGGACCCACAGCCACUUACACCCUCCCAUCUUCUAUACGGACGGAAUCUGGAUGUAUUACCUUACUUCAAGCCACCGGAAGAAUCUCUACAACCAAUCAACAUGAAACGUAUUGAUGUGUGCAAAAGAGUUAUUCGACAAAGAGAUAUUCUUGAUCACUUCUGGAACAGAUGGAGAAAUGAGUAUUUGACAUCACUUCGUGAGUUUCAUUGUGCGGCCGGAAGAACUGUACAGGAUAUAAAAGUCGGUGAUGUUGUUCUCAUCCACAAUGAAGGAAACAGACUAUUAUGGAAACUUGGCCUAAUCAAAGAGUUGAUAUACGGAAGAGACAAAUAUACCAGAGCAGCAAUUCUAAAGACUGAUACGGGACUAAUAAAUCGUCCUAUAACUAAGUUAUUUCCACUGGAGGUGUCAUUAGAAAAUAAAACUGAUGAAGUAUUAAAAUUACGAAGAAGCGAUCGUCUGAGAAAUCAACUUUUCGGCGCCCAGGAUGUUGAGAAUUCUUUUCAGCGCCCCCAGGAUGUUGAGAAUUCAAGACUGUAA